AUGCGCGGCAACUUCCUAGACGAAGUCGACGUCUUUGACCAUCAGUUCUUUGGCAAAUCAAGCCGUGAGGCUGCUGCCAUGGACCCUCAGCAACGUCUCCUUCUUGAGGUCAACUACCAUGCACUGGAAAGGUCGGACUAUUUCAGACCGGGCCGAGAACGCGAUAACAACGUCGGAUGCUACAUUGGCGGGUUCUCUAACGACUACAUUGACAACCUCGCCAGUCAUCCCGCGGGUGCGUUUACAGCGUUAGGCUGCCUCAGGUCAUUCCAGUCUGGCAGAAUUAGCCAUUUCUUUGGUUGGACCGGGCCGUCCAUAACGUUCGACACUGCUUGCUCCUCGUCCACCGUCGCAAUUGACGCUGCAUGCAAAGAUAUCCUGCUCGGGGGCUGCACGGCUGCAAUCGCCGGUGGUGUUGCCGUCAUGACAAGCCCCUAUUUCUAUCAGAACCUUGCAGGUGCUUCGUUCCUCAGCCCAGAUGGAACACCGCGUCCGUUUGAUGCCGGCGCUAAUGGAUAUUCGAGGGGAGAAGGCGUUGCUGUUGUUUUUCUCAAGCGACUGAGUGUAGCCUACCAGGAAGGCGAUCCAAUUCUGGGGGUCAUUUGCUCUUCGGCUGUGAGACAAAAUAGUAACAACUCCCCAAUAACCGCCCUGGAUCCCUUGGCACAUCAAUCUUUGUAUAAACAAGCCCUAGCCUCGGCCCGAAUGCAACCAGAAGACAUCAGCUAUAUUGCGGCUCAUGCUUCUGGUACUCGCACCGGGGAUGCACAGGAGUAUACUGGAAUCAAGGCGAACGGGGAAAUAGCACUGCAGGGGAGGUUGGAACAUUUGCGCCCGGAGAUCGAGCAAUCCCAGGGAAAUAUUGUGAUCCCCCGUGACACUCAACCAUGGAAAGCAUCGCCCAUGGCCGCCUGCUUGAAUAGUUUUGGCGCCUCGGGGAAUAUCACGGCUUUAAUUGUGAAGGAGCCACCGCGGCAUUUGACGGAACAAGAACGACAGAUUGGGGAAGCCUCAGCUUCUUCUUAUCCAAUAUGUAUAUGUGCGCACAAUCUGCAGAGCCUACGCCACAAUUGCAAAGCAGUCCUUGAAUGGGUUUCAAACAGCACUGGGAACGCCAAGUUACGGGAUAUCGCAUUCCACCUGUCGCGCAAAGCAAAUCUAUCUUUGCGUUAUCGAUGGUCCACAACUGCAACAACCGUGUCUGAACUGGCAAACAGUGUUCAGACUGUUGAUGCGUUUGAGGACCAUGAUGCGCUAAGUUCCAAACAGCCGCAGCCAGUCGUCCUCCUGUUUCCGGGCCAAACAGAUACCACUGCCUAUAUUGACCGACACAUCUAUGAGACAUGCGUCGCUUUUCGCCAUCAUCUCAAUGAAUGUGAUCAAACUCUAACAGGUAUGGGAGCGGCGAGUCUCUUCCCUGGUAUAUUUGAAGAUGAUGAAUGUGACAACGUUACCAUUUUGCACACAAGGACUUUUGCGAUUCAGUACUCAUGUGCCAGAACAUGGAUUGACACUGGACUCUCGAUUGCUAGAAUGCUUGGUCACUCGAUAGGACAACUAAUUGCUCUAUGUGCGUCUGGUGCAGUAUCCUUGACUGAAGGUGUCAAGCUCGUUCAUGGUCGGGCACGUUUAAUUGAAAGCAAAUGGUCGUCUGAAAAGGGGGCCAUGUUGGCAGUAAAAGCAUCAUACGCCCAAGCUCAAGACGUUCUCGAACAGUGCUGCCAGGCUGGCACUCCCAAUGAUCUUGAAAUCUCCUGCUACAACGGACCGCCUAGCUACGUGCUGGCUGGAACAGAGAAGGCGAUUAAGGCAGCGAUAGAAGUCCUGGAAACUAACCAGAUCAAACACAAACACCUCAAGGUCACGCAUGGAUUCCAUAGCAAGUUGACGGACCCAAUACUUCAGGACCUUAUGCAACUCUCGUCCGAACUCACCUUUUCGCAGCCCAGGAUCCCAGUGGAGACCUGCUCAUUCUCGACAAGCUGGGAAGUCCCUACCCCUGAGUUAGUUUGCGACCACACCCGUGGCCCAGUGCACUUUGAAGCGGCAGUACAGAGAGUGACGAAUGGACUCGGUGCCUGUACUUGGCUAGAAGCGGGAUCAGGGUCCUCAAUCACCAGUAUGGCCUUUGCUGCCAUGUCACCAGAGACGCGUGCUGAUGACAAGUUCCUCGCGAUUCAAUUGAAACCAUCCCAGUCAGCCAGAUCUCUGGCUGAUGUGACUAGACAGCUAUGGGAUGAUGGCCAGAAUGUCCAAUUCUGGCAAUUUCACGGUGCACAAUCGUGGAACUACACGCGCCUCAGCCCGCCACCUUAUCUAUUUAUGAAACAUCGACAUUGGCUGGAAUGGAAGGGCUCAAGAUUUACACCAUCCGAGCUUCACCGUACCAAUGAAGGGACAAAUUCCACUGGUGCCGAACUGAUUCAUAUGAUAAGGACAGAUGAAACGGGCAAAGGUUCUGCAACGUUUGCAAUUAACAUUCAAUCUCCAGAAUGGCUGUUACUUGUUGACCAGCAUGCACCCGGCGGAACCGGUAUCUGUCCAGCUUCUCUGUAUAAUGAGAUUGUUACUAGGGCGACACGACAGGUCAGACCAGCAGAAACGCGGUUUGGAAAUUCAUUCGGGGUUGUCCAGGAUCUCGUUAUAUCAAAACCCAUGGGACGAUCGAAGGGCAAUAUGCUCAACUUACUUCUGCAGGCGACCUCGCCAACAAGAGAAGUAUGGAAGUUUAGCUUCAAUAUCGACAACGAAGACGGUCACGGCCGAAGUCGACACGGUCCUCACAUACGCAGCGCGACAGGGCUUAUCCGCUUUCCCGACGGUGAGGGUAACCCGAUGAUAUAUUUGCAGCGAGCAUGGGAUCUGAUUACUCUGGAUUCGAUCUGGGAUGCAAUCGAACAACAGGGACAACACUGCGCCGGGAAUUGCAGUAUUGACGGAGAUGUGAUCUACCAGUUGCUAAGGCGAGUAGUCGACUACGGCAAGGUAUAUCGCGUCAUCAACAGCUUGCAAUCGGGCCCAAAGUAUGCAAAAGCCUAUAUAAAAUUGCCGCAGGACUGGCAGCAGUACUCGAGCAUGCAUAUCAUUCCCCCAGUGUCAAUUGAGGGAGUUCUGCAGGUUGCAACCGCACAUAUUAAUUUAUUCGGGCCUCACAUCCGCACAGCUGGGGUGUUCCUCUGUACUAGCAUCAAAUGCAUUCAACCUAGUCAGCAUUUCUCAUGGGAGUCAUUUUCUGCUGGAUGGCACGUGAUCGCUAGGACGAUCGACGAAACUGACACAUUCGUGGAAUAUGAUAUAAUGGCUUUCGCAGCAGAUACUGGACGUCUGGCGUUAUUGGUCCACGGAGUCGAAUUUUCGCACGCUUCGGCCCAAUCUGUGGAUGGUUUGCCGAAAGUCGCUAUUUCUAGUCAUGACUCUAUCCCAAACAGCCCUUCCCAGGAGUCAUGGAAUGGGACUAGCACAGAGUCCGAUCCGGGCUACGGCUCCAUGAAUGAGUCUGCGAAUGGUUCUGGAAAUGGGCACGUUUAUAAAGAAGAAUAA